UCGCCAGUCGUGUUUGAGCUGUGUUUGCGUGUGGACAACGACGGACGACGAUGGCGUAUCGGCGUCGCGGUUCAAGGCCUAUCUAGUGACAAAUUCAAGUGGAUUACUAACCGAUUCAAAUCGACGCAGCGGUGUCGUCGAUUGCCGCGUUCGUGUCCGCGAUAACCGGGUUCCGGACCGACGGUCGGUUCCGAUUUCGACUUGUACGGCCCGCCAAGCCAGAUUGAAGGAAGAGAGUUUACUGAACUGAAGUUGUGCAAGGAUUUCCAAGACCCGGAGUUGGUCACGGUCCAAGUGGGCUUUGACUAGAGUGGGUUCAGGCUAGUUAGCGGAUUGAUUUCCUGUUGAAAUUUCGCCAGUGUUGGCACUCUCCGGCAGUGUUUCAGUGCUUGGAGGGAAGCUAAUUAUUUUGCGUGAACGAAGGAAGAUUCAAGUGUUGGAUAGUGUGUACAUCAGUUGGGGAGUUGCUGGAAAAAAGUGAAUGAUUUAAGAUUGUGCAUGUGAAGUGAGAAAAAAAGUAUAAAAGUUUGCUUGAAUAUUGCAUUCUGUUCAAGUGCAGUUGCCUUCAGUCCGUGCCCCCAGAAACAACAAUUACUUCGGAAUAGUGACAAUUUAUUUGGGAUAAAUUGUCCCUAAUUAUUGGAUAAACGACAUCUGCUCGUGCAAGCUUGCUACCGGAACUGCUGAAGAGGACGUCCCUCUAAGAUCUCCCUGGGCCCAACAACAGCAACAAUAACCCUCCACCGAGCGUGUGCAUGUGGGGAUUGCGUUUUUGUUGUGUUGCACACAUUGAUGUGACAACCCACGCCAAGGACAGGCGUGCGUGCGUGUGUGUUCGUGCCCAAAAAGAAGAAGAAGCAAAUGUAAACACAGAGGCGCGCUUUGUUUCGCCCUUUUGAAAAAAAUAAAUAAAAAAAGUGAAGCAGGCAGAAAACAAGUGUUGUGUGUUCCCGGCACCAGAUAAAAGUGGGUUUUCCCCGUGUUGAAAACCGACAAAAAAAAAAGUAAAAUUCAAUGGUGUGCGCCAGUGUGUCUGCCGAAUGCCGGUUGUUUGAGGUGGUGGUGUAAAGUGGUGUAAAAAAUUGAGCGGGAAAAAAUAAUACAAAUUUGCAAACGUCUGCAGAAUGACGACCGCGACGAUGACGACGACGACGUGCCGGUGUUUGGCACUGUAAAGUGUUGUGCUGUGGAGGGUUACCAGACGACGUGUGUGUGUGUGUGGGAAGUUACACGGAGAAGGUGAAGCAGGUGACCAGUGGAAGAACCUGUGCGCAGAAGGAGAUCCAGUAGCCAAACACGGGAACAUUCCACGUUUAUCAACUGAUUGGAUACACUGCUAAAGGUUUUCUCCAGCCAAGAUGGACAAAUCGGCUGCGGCGGCAGCCGCUGCAGCAGCAGCAGCAGCAGCUCAAGGAGCUUCCGGGCCUAAGGUGUCGCAAAUCGCGAAUCUGUUCCAGCGAAAACCGGUGGAGCAGCCACAGGAUCCGGCGAAAGAACUGGUCAACCAGCCAUCGCCCACAGCUACGGUAGUACGGACGGAGUCGCACGCGGCGCGGUUCAACAACGCUCGGGCACUGUUCGAGAAGCUCGGCGAAGGUCGUGUUAACAGGCCACCGCCGUUUAGUAUUAAGAUGUCACAUUCCAACAGCAAAGAGGACAAUUUGUCGGAGAUUGGAUCCGAGCAGGAUCGGUCACCGUCGCCGAAGCGGAGGCACCAUCCGGUCGCGAACGGGAUCAGCAAGCUUGACUCCAACAGGAUAUUAAACCAGUCCCGACUCAAGUCGGAGAAGCCGGAAAAGCCGGAGAAACCAGAGCGGAAGUUCAACUCGCGGGAGUUGAUUGAGAAACAGAAGAACUGGACGUCACACUUCUCCAAAACGAGAACAUCCAAGGGCGGCGACUUCACCAGGUGUGAUAUUAUAAGGACUGUUCCGGGCACGGGGAUCAUCCCCGGAGGAGGACCUCCGGCCAACGGCGGAUGUUCCGUCACCACAAAUGGCACCUCUUCCAAAGAAUACAACAACAACCAGCGAUCGGAGAUCCAGAACAUCCCGUUGCCACAACCGCCCCCACCACCGCCCCUAGCGGUCGUCACCCACAGGUUACAAUCCCCGAGCGAACCACCCCCAAGUCCCCCAAAAAGACAAACCCCUCCUCCACCACCCCCGGAGAAGGGUCCCCGCAACAUUCGCCAGAGCUCAUUCCCGUCCCCAACCAAAGCUCCCCCGGCAGUCCCGCCCCACGCAACGGAUCCCUGCUCACUAAGCCCAACCAAAAUCAGCCCAGAAAAGCUCAAGUCCCCGCUCCGCCAACCAGAACCACCGCCACCGGCCGCCGCCCUCCCCCCAGUCGCCCCCAUCCGGAACAAGUCCGAAGAACCCCCGGAGAAGGGCGUCCGCAAGAAAUCGCUCGAAACCACGCUGGACGACCAGCUUCCCAUCCCGAUCCCCCCGAAAACCUUCAAGUACCCCGAGCUGGGCGGACUCCGCCGGCAGUCCACCGAAAAGGACAGCGGAGCAAGUGGCCUCACCUCACCCGCCCACGCCAUCAGCUCAUCGCCGUCCCCAGGCGCGAGUGCCUCUUCGGGGCCGUCUUCCCCCAUUCACACCGAGGACGAAAAGCAGGAGAACGAACCCACGGAGAAGGCUCGGACGACUAUUACGGAGGUCGCUGCCAGCAGCAAGCUGGACGAGGACGAGGGCGUUGCGGCGGAGGAAAAAAGUGGAAAAUCCUCCCGUUCCGAUGACAACGACACUGCGGCCGACCACGGUGGCGUCGUCAGCCGGCGCAAGAAGGUCUCGAGCAUCUGCUUCCAGGUGCCGGCCGCCGGUCUCGGAGCUCGUCCGCCCAGCAUCGUCAGCAGCAGCACCACCACCGACGAGGGCGGCUUCAACGAGCCCUCUCCGCGGGUCGUGGCCAACCUGAAGCCCGCGUACGACUUUGACAUUGUGGCGCCAGCCCUGCCAGCGUCUCCUCCGAGAAGGGCUGCGAGUAAUGGAGUUGGAUCGGUGGCCGCCAAGGAACCACCGAUGGCGGAAGGAGAUGACGGUGACGACGAGUCGCAGCUGAAUUACGCCGAGCUCGGGUACCGGUUACGCCCGGACGGAACGGAAGCGGACGAAAUCUACGGCGAUGUGGACGUCUUUCGAAGUGCCAAAAACAGCAACAGUAUUAUCAGUAAUAAUCAACCCGCGUUAGACUUAGAGCACGGUACUAGUGUAGAAAGUAGGAAUGCUAUUAACAACAUUCGAUCUCAUUACAACACCACUAACAACAACAAUCAAGGCCCGCAACAAGCGGCCAGCGAUGUGCCAACGACGACGACGUCCGUGGACCGGGUUCUGUACGCAUCGAUCGUACCAACUGCCGGCGCCGAUUCGUCCUCGACGAUCGCGAGCAGCGAACUGUUCAUGGACGUGGAAAAGGACGAAGCCAAAAUCCUCGACCUGGACGAACUGAGCGAAGCCGGCGAAAAGGGCUAUCACUCGCCCCAAACGCUCCUGGAUCCGACGAGGCCAACCCUCACCGCCGCAGUCGAGGACACGACCGACGAUUACGCCAACAAAACCCUGCCGGAUCCGCCCUCGUUGGCGUCGAUGCGGCCACCGCCGAUUCCGGAGGGCCCGCCGCUGGACCUGCAGGACGUGCAGUACGCGGACGCCAGCGACACCGAGCACGACAGCCUGGUGCUGCCGGACGAGAUGACGGCGGACGAGGCGGAACGGCUGCUGAGUUCAAGUAUUUUGGAGUACAAAAUAAGACAACAGCCACUGCUUUCGGACGAACAGGCCCGCGAGGUGGAACAGAUCCUGCUCAACAACAAAGCCAAAGCCGAAGCUGAGCUCAAGCUACAGCAACAACUUGCUCAACAGCAGCAGCAGCAGCAGCAGUUUGAAUCUCCGGAACCUUCACCUCCGGCCGUUACGGCCCCACCGCCAUCCGCAACCGACGAGCCCGACUGGCUCAAGGAUGUCCUGGAAGCGCCCAAAACUGCCGCUGCCUCGGCGGCGAUCCCGCGCGAGAAGCUACCUCCUCCACCUCCGCCACACGGUCCCAACGGGACAGCCUCGCUGGAACCGCCCGCUCCGCCCAGCCGCAACAACUCCACCACUAGUCAGUUCGAGGAGACGAGCAGCAACAACACGACGGCCGACCUGCUCAACCAAACCAUCCUCGACUCGUCCUCGAUCCUGCAGGACUCGUACGUCUCGGCCGACUCGUCCAUGCCCAGUGUGACCACCUCGGACAGUCUGAACCUGAGCAAGCAGGAAGACCAGCUCCAGCACCAGUCCCAGCAGAAUCUGCAGGAUCCCGCCGAGGCGGACGUGUCCGCCGACGAGAGCAACAACUCGGGCUUCUUCAUCCCCGAGUACCCGCCCGUCAAAAGCAAGGAGGUGUUCGUCAACCAGGACGGUGUGCACUUCUUCGAGGACGGCAACUUCUGGAUGGAAGUGCCCGGCUUGCUCGAUUCGGACCGCGACGACGAGGAGGACGACCCGCGCGUCAUCCCCAAGGACACCAAGGUCAAGUUCAGCACCAACCCGAUGCAGGUGUUUUCGACCUUCUCGGUGAACGAUUACGACCGGCGGAACGAGGACGUCGAUCCGGUGGCGGCGUCCGCCGAGUACGAGCUGGAGAAGCGCGUCGAGAAGAUGGACGUGUUUCCGGUGGAGCUGAUGAAGGGGCCGGAGGGGCUGGGCUUGAGCAUAAUCGGCAUGGGAGUGGGCGCUGACGCUGGACUGGAAAAGCUUGGUAUUUUCGUCAAGACCAUCACGGACAACGGGGCGGCGGCACGAGAUGGAAGGAUACAGGUCAACGACCAGAUCAUCGAAGUGGACGGCAAAAGCCUGGUCGGCGUCACGCAAGCGUACGCCGCGUCCGUCCUGCGCAACACGUCCGGCCUGGUGCGCUUCCAAAUCGGGCGCGAACGCGACCCGGAAAACUCCGAAGUGGCCCAGCUGAUCCGCCAGAGUCUGCAGGCGGACCGCGAAAAGGAGGAACGCGUCAAGCGCCAGCUCGAGGACUACCUGCGGCGGGGCAACGCCAGCCACGCCAACAACGCCAACAACACGGAAAUCUCCGAGGACUCGACGCUGCCGGUGUCGGCCAACUCGAGCGUGUCGGAGGGCCCCGUCAGCCCGACCGGAAUUACGGCCGAGUCGCUGUUCGAGACGGAGGCGGCGCGGUCCAGCGAUGUGGAAUCGCUGCGGCGGAUUCUUCAGGAGAAUCUUAAAACCAUUGCACUGCAUGAGGGCGAUAUCCUUAAUCUCAAGCAACAGCUGAUCAAGUACCAGCAGAGCUGCAACGAGGCCGAGCUGCUCGCGGAGCGGAUGAAGCAAACCGAGCGCGAGCUGGCCAACAUCAAGAAGGAGGCGAACAACUACCAGAACAUGCUGCAGCAGAGCCAGGCCCAGUACGGUGGCCUCGAGAAGAAGUACGGCCGCGUCAAGAAGAUCCUGCGCGAGUACCAGCACCGGGAGCGGGAUAUGAUCCAGUUCCAGGAGUACUACCUGCAACACCUCCAGGAAAAAGACACCGAGUACAACGCACUGGUGAAGAAGCUCAAGGACCGGGUGAUCCACCUGGAGCAGGAACUGCAGGAAACGCAACGCAAGGCAGGCUUCCCAGUGAAUCUGCCGUACGACAGCGCCAGCCUAAAGCUAACACCCCAAAUGAGCCGCAAGCAACCGCCAAAGCCGGUCUUCCAGAAGCUCGAGACGGAACUGUCGGACACGGAGUUUUCGGAUUUGUCUCCGGACGGGGAGGGUGAGGACGGGAAGACGGCCACGGUCGAGCGGAAGUUGCCGGUGUCGAAGGACGACGAGUUGGACACGGCGGUGCCGCAGCACGAACUGCUGGACAACUCGCUGAACAAGGGCAAGAGCGACCUGGUGGCGAGGGGAGGCUUGUCGAAGCGGAGUGCCCCGGGCAAGAAGAACAGUCAUAGUAAUAGCGGGUCGGACUGCGCGCUGGAUGAGAGCGAGGAGGAGAUUACGGACUCGACGUCGGUGUCGCACGAGUACAGUGGACUGUACAGCACGCCGCAGAUCAUCCAGAGGGCGGGACUUACGAACAUUAAGAACAAUGGGCAGGAGAACGCCGGGUUGCCGGUGUAUGCCCAGGUCAACAAGGAUCGCGGAGGGGGUGGUGGUGUCCUCGGGGGAGGAGGAACCGACCAUCAGACGCAACACACGACCAUACCGAACAUUUACCGAAAUCCACCGACCGACAACAACAAGCUCAACUCGAGCUACGGGUCGGACUUGAACGCUUCCUCGUACGACAGCGACCUCGGUUCGUCCACGGACAAGCUCAAGGACAGCGGCGUAUCGAGCGAAAGCUGGAUGUAUCCGUCGCGAAGGCCUAAAGGACUGAAGGGAAUCACGCCGCCGCUGUUGGCCGAACAGCUCAAGGAACGACUCGCCGAACGGCGCACGACCCAGGACGACGCAUCCUCGCGGGAUUCGAGCGACGACUACUCGGAGAUCAACCAGCGGCACGUCGUCAAUCCGGCGGCCGUUUCGCUCUCGCAGAACCUGCUGGUCGAGAUCAAGAAGGCCGUCAACGAGGCACAGCCCAAGGUGAAAAACAUUCUUCCACAAAAUCUGUCUCCUCCAGGAAGUAGCAGCCCGUGGCAACAGCAGCAGCCACCGUCGUCGAUUCUGCAGCAGUCGGGCACGGCGAGCGGAGCCGGUUCGCAGGGACCGCCGUCUCCGUCGAGUGUCUCCAGCGGGUCAACGUCGCCGGGGGCGUACUCGCCUUCGCGCACGCUCGAUCUGUCCGGCUCGACAUCGAGCUUCUCGAGCGAUCGGCUGCGCGACUCGCACCAGUGGAAGAGCGGACCCGUCGAGGAGUGGUCCAAUGAGCAGGUCUGCCAGUGGCUGCUCGGCAUCGGCCUCGAGCACCACAUUCCGGCCUUUGUGAAGCACGCCGUCGAGGGCGGGGCGCUGCUCCAGCUGGACAAGCCGGACUUUAAGAUCCUCAAUGUGGGCGGUGAGGACAAGAAGCACCUGAAGCGCAACAUCAAGGAGCUGCGACGGCUCAACGAGAAGGAGCGCAAACAGAACGAAAAGGACCGCCGCGAGCGGGAAAAGCUGAUCAAAAAGGCGGAAAAGAAAGCGGAAAAGGAUCAGAAGAAGAAGAAGUAAGGCGGGGUUUGGGGAUUGUGAGUGGGGGGGAUCCCCUUUUUUUAGACGUGCAUUUAUCUCAGUAAUGAUAAAGGAAAAUGAGAAAAAGAAGACGAAGGAGGGAGAAAAACACAUUUACAAACUUACUCUAAAAUACUGCUCCGUAUAUGAAAUGCUGUGGACGAGAGGCACUUAAAAGAUCCUUUCUUUUUUAUAAGAAUAGACUCAGCAACAGGUAACAAAUUUGUAGAAAUAGACGCUUAGCUGAUUGGGUCUCUUUUGUUUGAUAUUUUCGUUUCUGUUUUUUUUUCGUUUUGAGCAUUAUUAUUUUGUACCAUAUUUGUUUGUUAGAUAGUUUGUAGUGAAUAGGGAACGUUUAUUUAUACAAAAAUACAAAUUGUAGACGAAAAAAUAACAAUAAUUAGUUAAUAGCAGUUUGUUUACGUAAGUUACAACUCCUAGUUAAGGUUAGGUGCGCGUGUCGCGAUUCGGUUGCUUUUUCCUUUCACUCAAUUUGUUUGUAAACCAAAAUUAUUUAUUGACAUGCAACAAAACACGAUUCAUACGAGAAAUAAAACAAAACAAAAAAAAAAUACAUAAAGAAAGCCAUUCGUCACUUUUGAUAUAGUCUAGUAGAAGGAAAAAUAAACAAGUAGAUUUAAUACGUAGUCAAACUAAGCAAAGUGAUGCGACUCGCGUUGUUACAAAAAACAAAAAAGAGAAAGAAGCAUCACAGCAUCACUCGUAGCUAUGUUUUUCGUUUCAAUCAAUUCAUUCACAAUUGGCGUACUUUCAAACUAGUUUCGCAAAACUCCCCACUUUGGUGUCAAACAAUGCAAAAAAGUGAGUGCAGUGAAAACGAAGAGACUAAAGCGAGACGAAUUAGCGAGCGAGACUGGUAAGAGAAGCGGAGAAGCAGCGCGUAAAAAGAGUACUGUAUUUAUUAUUUAUGAUACGGAAAAAGAUAAACACACACUCAAGCUAUUAGGAUAAAAAAAAGCAUGAAAAGAAAACAAAAUCAAAGAAACCAAACUGUUUGAAAGAAAGUAAAACAUACAAACCAAUAAAAAUGCAAAAAUGAAAUAAAGGUGAAACAUUAUUUUAUAAACUUUUUGUUGCUUUUUUAUUUGUUAUCCGCCAUGAUUUCCCUUUUAUUUAAUUAUAAGUUAUUUUUACAACAGCAAAAAAAGUGCUUAGCCACUCGCAUCCCUGUACUAUCCCUAGGUUUCAAGUUAUAAGAAUAUUUUUUUUCGACCUCCUUAAAUUUUUAUUAUAUUUUGCUUUAACACCAUUUUUUAAAUGAAACUUGAGAAAUUGCAAUUUGACGGAAAUUAUGUAUUAAAUGACUGAGGUGUACAGUAUGUAUUUCUACCAUUAUUUUGUAAUUUUACUUAGGUCAAAGUUUUGCUAGACCAAAAAAGCCAUUUUUUAAAAUUGGUUCGUUCAUACAAGUCCUCAUACAAAUUAUAUAGCUGACCGUACAAAAAAUGCAUCUAAAGAUCUGUUUCUAGAGGCGAAGAGUUCUGACUGUGUAUGGGGGUGGGGGGAGGCCUAUCACGCCAAGGGAAAGGGUCGAAAAUUUAAAGGGCAAAAGGAAUCAAAUACAAUUUAUGAUAUUUUUUUCAUGAAGCGCACCGUGUUAUAUCCAACUAAAGUAGGGUAUAUUAUCCAUUAGUGGACCCCUUUCCUAUAGUGGGCCCUCAGAAGGUUUUUUGAUAAAAAAUACAAUAAAAUCACAGUUUUAAGCGGGUAUUUCAAUAGAAACCUUUUAUUAGGCAUGUUCUGCAAUAUCUAAAACAAUGUUGACAGACAUUAACUUGUCCUUUUCGCAAAAAUAAGCGUUUUGGUUUUGACAUUUGAAAUCAGCCAUGGCCUAGCACUUUCACAACAAAAUAUUAUUUCUCUUUUAUGAUUAAAUUAAUUGUGCAAUUUUUUUUAAACUGUUUUCAUGACUUCAGUAAAUCGUAAUGAUGUUAAUAUAGGAACUUUAUAUAAGUAAAACCAGGAACUUCUUAAUUUUGAGGAAAAUAAAGUAGGUCCAAUAUAGGACAACGAAAAAACUAUCUUUUCCAAAAGUGGACCCGUGCACCCUCUUGAGAUUUAAACAUCAUCGUAAAGAAGAAGUCUUUAGCUUUCAAAUGCAACAAACAGAAUGUUAUUUGGUCUCCACCAAAAAAAGAUACAAACAUUUGAAAAAGGCUUAUUUGAAAACUUUAAAUUGCUCUAACUUUUGAACAAAUCAAGCUAACGACUUCGUUCUUUCGUCAAAAGAGGCGUUUUUUAGUCCUCCAAAUAUGUUUCGAAAACACCAACAUUGCCAAAAAUAAUGCAAGAAAGUUGUAUAAUAAUUUUUUUUUUAUAUAAUUUUUUGAAGGGUAACCCUAGCACUUUUCAUAUAAAAUGCUGUAGAUGAACAGAUUAAGAGAUAUAAAUUUGGUGUCUUGAGCAAAGUUGUUCAGAAUGGCUAGCACUACAAAACUGCCGAAUAAAGUAUUUCCCUAUCUCAUCAGGGUGCGGAGAUAGAUUUUGAAAAACUGAGAAAAUUAGGACCACCCUAGUAUCGUCAUGACCAAAAGUCGUAGAAUUUUGUACUGAUCACCAAAGCCCAAAUGCUUCCCCGAAGCAGAAAUAUUUUUUUCCUACUAAUUUCACUUCUCAGAUCGUGUUAAUUUAACUAACAAAAUUGGAGAAUUCUAUGCAUUUGAGUAAUAUCUAUAUUGAAACUCACAGUAAAAGCUUGUUAUAAUAAACUUAAAUGUAUAUUUUUUCAACAAUGAAUAUAAAUAUGACUGUUGAAUGCUAAAAGCACCGAAGUUUCUGAAAUUAUAAGAAUUUAAAAUAAAUCAAAACUAUUGUUUAUUAUACUUAUCACAAACUUCAUAAUUGAUGUUUAAAUGAUAUUCUCUCAUUAUCAAACACAAACAUAAAAUUUUUUGUUAUUUCGUCGUGAAACUACUUACUUUUCCUGUCAUUCUUGAACGACGGAAUAGCCUACUUUUCUGUACCAAAAAUAACAGAAUCGAAUAGCAACACUUUUCAAAAUAAAUGCUGAAAAAUAACACUCAAAUAGCACUCAAAUGGGUGCUGAAAAGUUGAACUUUUCAGCACUUGUUUCGAAUAGUAACACUUUUCAACAUUUUUUUUUUGAUUUAAACGAUUUAUUGACAAAAUACAUGAAAAUUUGACAUAAAAUUUCACUCAGUGUGUGUUUUUUGGAAUUGCAAAAAAUGUUGUAUGGAACUCGUUGCAAAACUUGAUUUUUUCAGCACUCUUCGUAUUUAUCCAACUCCGUGAACCUCGUUGGAUAAAUGUACGACUCGUGCUGAAAAAAUCCUCUUUUUGCAACUUGUUGCAUAAACUACUAUUUUGGAAAUAAAAAUACACGUUUUAUCAGCAAGUUUAAACACAUCUAUUGUUUUGUUUUGAUAAACUAUUAAAGUAAUUGAUAUGGAAAAAAAAAUUUGGUUUAUUGGACCUUUUCAAAAAAAACUCCAGAAAUAUCGGUUAAAUUUGAUAUAAAAACAAAAGUUUUCCUAUAUUGGACCCGGGACUACUAUAAGAAAAGGGAAUCCAUUACAGGCACAAAAAACUUUUUUUUUCAAGUGGAUAUUUACAUAAAGGCAAUGAAUUGGUAAAAAAAGACAGAAUGGUUCAAAAGUCUUCAGAUGUAAUGGUUAUGUACAAUGAGUUAUGAAAUAGUGCUUAUUAAAGUGAUAACUGUUGAAAAAAUGCUCGUUGGCUCUACUAGGGUGUCCACUAAUGGUACCCUAGUUGUUUUUGCUUUUUUUUUCUUUCUAAAAGCAUUCUUCGAAAUCGAACCCUGGUGAUGAGUUCGCUUGCAAACUCGGUUAGCAUUGAAUCUUUGUUCGUGUUUGACCUGGAACACUGUUCUGAUUAACAUUCCAACGCCCAAGGCUCUAAAAAAGUUGGAACGGUAACUUCAACUCGCUGGUUCUCAGGCAUAACUCACCCAAUCAAGACGAUUCUUUUUUCCAGUGAUUUGUUAGGAUGUCUAGAUGAACCUAGAACUUUGCAGAACUCAAUUUGAUCAAAUCUGUAAUUUUUGCGAUCAAAAGCAUCGUUCCAACUUUUUUUUUCGCGUGUAAAAUAAAAUUCGCCAAAAAUUCCGCGGAGGCAGUCUUUUUGAAAAAGUUGGAACGAUGUUUUCGUUAGCAGAAAUUACAGAUUUGAUCAAAUUGAGUUCUGCAAAGUUCUAGGUUCAUCUAGACAUCCUAACAAAUCACUGGAAAAAAGAAUCGUCUUGAUUGGGUGAGUUAUGCCUGAGAACCAGCGAGUUGAAGUUACCGUUCCAACUUUUUUGGGAGGCUUGGGCGUCCGUGUAAGUUGGACAUGCGUUGGGCGUUCCAGUGUUAAAAGAGGGUUUGUUGGAUUGACCGUACAAUAAACAAAAUGUUUAAGCAAAUCACAGGAUUUCAUUUAGCUUUUUCAACCGAUAAUAAGUUAUUUAAUUGAAAUUCUUGUCAUUUUUACAAAGAAAAUUCGUUUUUAGCCGAGAAAACCAUGUCAAUCAAACAGUUGUUGUCACCACGGUUCAAACCCAAAGUCACCAGAAUUUGAAACUCAGAGCAUGCUUGGGUUCGUGUUACAACUUCCGCACAAAACGGUUUCGGGUGAGAAAAUUUGGGCAGAAGUUCAAACAUUGAACGGCUUGACUAAUGGCCUUUCUACAAUUACUUAGCUUAGUAUAGUUAAGUUGUUUAGCAAAAGUACGUAACUUAAUGCCGUCAUCUACAUUCAACUUGGAAAACUUUCUGGGCUGAUAUACGUUACUUUUUAGUUGUUUGUUAACCUUUGAUAUGGAAACGUCAACUUACCGCAGAUUUUGAAAUUUUCCAAACCAUACGUCAAGUCACUAAUUUGCUUACUUUUAUAUUGUAGAAAAUUAGAUUCAUUUUCAUGGAUUAAAAUUUCUACACUACGCACAAUUUUCUAAACUAAGUGAUUGUAGAUAGAUCAUUAUAACUGAAAAAAGCAACCUGUUUUACAUGUUGAAGUCAAGGCCAGAGUCAAGCUCAAAAUAAUAGUUGCAAAAAGAAGUUUACCGCGUUGAGUAAAUUCGAUGAGUGCUGAAAAAAUAAAGUUUUGCAACGAGUUGCUUACAACGUAUUUAGCAAUCCCAAAAAAUGUUAUUUGAAUAGAAUUUUAUGUGAAACAUUCAUGUGUUAAGAAAACUCACCAUUCAAAUUAAAAAAAAAACAUAGAAAAAUGUUACUUUUUCAGCAAACUGUUUUUUUUAGCAGCAAAAGUUCAACUUUUCAGACCCAUUUCAGUGCUGCGAAGUAGAACUUUUUAGCAUUGCUAUUGAUAGGUAUACAUUUUCCAUUAGGAUGUAACAAAACGGGUAAAUUUUGCGGGUAUUCCUGAAAUACAUGAUCCCCUAGGUGUACCGUCAUCUGGGGUGAAUCGGGACUACAGUCUGAAUAGGGACAGCAGUGUUUAGAGCACUUAAAGGUUUUAAAUUUGGAAAUGGAUGUACACAUUUUGUUGUUCUGAGUCUGUUCCAUCCGAAACUAACCAGAAAAAUCAAAAUAUUGUGCUAUAACAUGGUUAAAACUGCUGUCCCAAUUCACCCCAUGUGUACCGAUUCGCCCCAAUUGACGGUACUGAGCCCGAAUCCCAAGUAUUAGCUAGAUUGGUUGCGACAGGACCUGGCGCUUUGACUUUGAAUUUAAAAUGGGAUUUAACCCGUAAAAUCGGUGCGUUUUGGGUUUUGCCAGUUUUGAGUCCUUUAACGAUUUUUUUAAUUUUUCAAAAACCUCAUGGGCUCAUAGUGCAUAUUCUAGGAGACAACUUUGCCGAAGAGUAGGAAAAGAUUCGUUCACUAUUUAAAAUGUUACAGAAUUUAAAACACCGAAAACAUAUUUUUUUUAUAUCUAAGAAUCAGAAACUGUUUCGAAUUAAUAUUCGACGUUUUCAAAAAAAAUCAUGAUCUGAUAAAAAAAAAUGGCAGCAUUGCACAAAUGAAUUUUGGCCAUCUAGUGUUAAGGGUCAGAAGAAGGCAAAGUGCAAACUUUGUAAAAAAUGUUUUUGUUAUUGCAUUAAAAGAGAUAUAAAAAAAACGGUUACAUUUUUCCUUAAUUUUUCUCUUCAAUACCCACAACUAUACCGAAGACACUAAAUCGAUCACUGAAACCGAUCCCAAGAUAUACUUCGAAUAAUUUGUUUGAGCGUUUCAGUAUGGAAAGCUGCAAAAAUUGUGUAAUGUUUUAUAUGGACGAACUUCUUUUGGGAACUGGACCUUUUUCAUUGGCCAUAAAGAAAGUACUUACAAACUUACAACUCUUUGUAAAUAAGCAUUUUGUUUAUGACCAAAGAAAAGAAUCCAAUUGCUAUUUUUUCUUCAUUAUUUUUGGUUUUUUUCCAUUAAGGGUAAAACUUAAAAGUGAUUGAAUCAAACCAAAUAUUUUUUUGUGUAGUAGAGUUGACUGUUUGAUAAGCAUAAUUAUUUUUUUUUAAAUAUUUUAAGCACAUCGACAUUUGUUCAUUCUAUAAUUCUUGGGCGGAUACACUUUUAAUUAAAUUAUUUCUUAUAAUUUUGCUGUCGAAAUUCAAGUCGAAUAACACAAAAGAUCAUUAGAAAAUCUCUCAAACAAUAGUCACAUCGUAACGAUAUUUGAUACAAAACUUGAAACUGAAAACUGUGUAGUGGAUCCACCGCCAAGUAACCGUCUCCCUCGUCUACUACAAGCAUCCGGUGAUAACCCAAAGUGAACCAACUAGGAACCAAGCAAAUUUCGCACAAUGAUUUCACCUUUGAUAUACAGGAAGAAUUUGUAACGAUAUUUCCAUUUGUGUUUUCCAAUGCUCAAACUCAGAACAGUGAAACAAGAAAACAAACAGUCAUCGAUAUACCCCACAGUUUUGCCAUCGAGAAGCAAAGAAAAAAACAUAAAA